AGUGUCGUCUGUCAAAUCGAAUUACGCUCUUGAGUUAUAUUUCGCGAUCAUUUUCAUUAGAAAAAAAAGCUUUUUCGUGAAUUAAUUUACUGUGUAUUAGUAUAUUCGUUUAUUCGCUAACGAUAAGCGAUCACGAAUCAUCGAACGGACACGGAAAAACGUCUGUUCAUUGCCUUACGUUCGUGGCCAUAGGAGUUGCUAUUUUUGUUUGUAGCUCAGUUCGGUGUAAAUAUUGUUUUUAAAGUGUCGAAAUAGUGGUGCAGUGGUGCUUUUUUCUCAUUAUUUCUCACUUUUAACAUUGUGAUCAUCGACGGACCGUGAAGCAGUUGCGUUUAGACGUUUUAUUGCAAAAAUACUUUCGAAAUCCAGGUCUCUUAGAUACGUAUCGUUGCCAAUUGUAGUACAAAAAGAGAUUUCAUUUCGAAAACUUGAGUGCCAAAGUGUUUAACAGUGUAACAACAAUAAGCCAAAUUGUAAGAAAACAAAAAUUGUCUAUGUACAAGAAAAAAUCGUAUAUUUGAAUUUAGAAUUUAAUUUUUUUCGAUGCGAUGUGUGUUUGAGUGCUUCAAACUUAGUGUAGUGAUUAGUGAAUCUUACUAAAUGGCACUUUAUGUUGAUAAAUUGCCGUAUAUUAGUGAAAAUCGAGGAUGAGGCGAGUUUUCGGUGUUUGCACCGACAGCUGGAUGCUCUGCGGUCAGAAUGUGAGGCGAUAUUCGUAGCAGGCUGUCCUAGAUGUUGUCUGGCUCGCCCCACGGAUCGGUGAUGUCGUGUCAGUCGCUCGCCGCUCGCGCCUUCGCCGAGCCCGAGAAGGACAUGACACAUUGCAGUAGUUUCCAUAGAUCAGUGCGGUUCAGUUCAGAUUCCCGGAGCUCCACCAGAGCGAAUGAUGCGGAGAAUAAAAGGGAGACGCCCGGUUCUAUAUCGCUGACAGCGCUGACGGUGACUCCGGUGACCUCGCAGGGCUCCGCGAUGAGCCAGUCGUUGCCGUCCGCCUCUGUCAACUAUGAUGAUGAUGAUAUGCCGGCGCCCCUGCUCCCCUCGUGUCGGUUCCCCAAGCUGGAGGAGUGCGCCCACUUCCACUACGAGCGAGUGUCACUGGGAGGACUCAGCAUUGAGACUGUCAAGUGCGAGGAGAAGUGCCAGGAUUCGCUCGAUGAAGGCUGGAUCUGCCUAAAAGUCCGUUCACACGUGAACUCGAGUGAGUCGGAGUCUCCUCGCGCGCUGAGCUCGAGCUGGACGGAGGCCAGCGCCGUCAGGCAGUGGACGCUCACCAGGAACAGGGACAAUCUGCUGCAACUUGAUGACAUGCUACAUAGGUACGUGUCGCAGGGCGACGAUGAUUGCUUGCCAUCAGGUCAUAAGCUACUGGUAGCGAACGAAGACUCGUCCUCCAUCAACACGCCGGCCGUCGCCGCCGCAUACUCCGUCAGGAAAUAUGUGUCGCAGGCGCGGGACGAAAUCAGUUUCGAAGUGGGCGAUAUGAUCUCGAUCAUAGACAUGCCUGGUCCGGCGGAGUCGCUGUGGUGGCGCGGCAAGCGCGGGUUCCGAGUGGGGUUCUUCCCUCACCACUGCGUCGCUGUCAUCGGGGACAAGGUACCGCGGCAUAUGACGCAGCCACCGCCUAUUGUUGGCUCAGUAGCGGUAGCACCAAUAAAGCCAGUUCUCCGCAAACAUGGGAAGUUGAUCUCCCUGUUCCGAAGCUUCAUACUAUCGCGGCCGUCGCGCAGGAGUCUCAAACAGCAGGGUAUACUAAGGGAGCGAGUCUUCGGAUGUGAUCUGGGGGAGCAUCUACUUAAUUGUGGACAUGAUGUACCUCAAGUCCUAGUAGAAUGCGCCCGAGCAAUAGAAGCCCGCGGCGCAGUGGACGGAGUGUACCGGCUGUCAGGGGGCGCGGGCCUGACCCAGCGUCUCCGCGCGGCCUUCGACGCCGGCUCCCCGCCUGAUCUCAGCGCGCCACCUACCACUAGGGACCCACAUGCAGUGCCUUCGCUGUUGAAGAUGUAUUUUCGUGAGCUCCCGAACCCGCUCUGCACGUACCAGCUGUACGAGAGCUUUGUCAGCGCCGUGCAGGCCGGGGACGAGGCGGCCCGGCUCCGGGCCGUCAGAGACACCGUCGUCAAACUGCCGCCGCCGCAUUAUAGGACGUUGGCGUACCUGAUGCGUCACCUGCGGCGCGUGUCCCUGCUGGGCGCGCAGACGGGCAUGACGGCGCGCAACAUGGCCAUCGUCUGGGCACCCAACCUACUGCGGGCGCCGCGCCCCCAGCACGCCCUGCAGGGGGUCGCCGUGCAGGCGGUAGUAACGGAAUUCCUGAUCUGCUACGCCGAGGAGUUGUUCGCACAGGAGCAGGGAGAGGAUUCUGGACCGGAGUCUUUGGAACAGGAUCGUUGUGAGUCUGAAAUAGAGCUCCGCGGCAAUGACUCGUGUCGCCGUCCUAAGAGCUUGCCGAUCAACCCGCCAACAAAGUUACUGAGCUUGGAGGAAGCCCGGCGGCGCGGGCAGGCGGGCGGCGCGGGCAGCCCGCGCAGUCCGCGCAGCCCGCGCCUGCCCGCGUCCGGCGCCAUCGCCGCCGCCGCCGGGCAGCUGCGGCCCUCCGCGCAUCUACGGCCCAACUACAUCGAGGUGGGGUCGGGACCAAACAAUUUACCUCAGUAUCACACCGUGCUAGAGCUACCAGCGCCCGGCAAGCGCGGCCUGAAGCGGUCCCCGGCGGGCUGGCGCGGCCUGUUCGCGCGACACAAGGCGCGCGCCCGGCUCCCCCCGCGCGCCGCGCCCGCGCCCGCGCCCGCCCUGGACGUACCGAUGACCUCGCAGCCCCCGCUAGGCCUUCGCCCCGUGAAGUCUUGUGAGUCCCUCGCCUCAGACACUGACACUCUCGCUCCAUUAGCAGAGCGAGCCGCCGCGCCGCUUAAACACCAUACCAGAUCAUCAUCCUGCGACUCCUACUUCGAGCCGUGGCAGGCCGAGCUAGCUGACAUGCGACUCCGUCUGUCACCACAGGAGAGAGAUCACCACAUGUUUAGUGAAGAGGAUGAUACACAGCUACAGAUCAAUCAUGCACAGGACUCGUUAUGCUCGACGCCUCCAGAGUCCGGGCUAUGCAGCGCAGAGAACAGUCCGCGACGGAACCUUAGGGUCGAUAUACAUCAAGCUAAUGAACUCGCUGAGCGACGCCGCGUGGCCCUGGAGGAGCAGUUGUCCCAGAUCGGGUACAUCGACGGCGAGUCCCCGCGCGCGCGCCCCGCGCCGGAGAAGCGGCACUCGGCGCGCCCCGCCUCGCCCACUCACACCGACAUUGCUAAGAGACUAUGCAAAGACCGAGACAGCCCAAUGGCUUCACUCACGGACUUCCCAACCUCCCUGGCUAAUGUUAAACUCAGAGAAAGAAAUUCACCAAGGAAAUCGAAAACACGAUACAGUGCCAUGCAUUUCGAAACGGACAAACAGACAAACAGACUCAGUUGGCAUGGCAAAGAUGGACAUUCUACAUUCAGCAAAGAUGGCCAUUCUACCUUAAUUAAAAUCGACUGGCCAGCAGAAAACUCUGUCAGUAAUUUGACUACAAGCACAAUUAAUUCUAGCCCUCUAACGCCCGUGACUCCUGUUUAUGAUCCCUUAGAAAGCGACUCAGAAGUUAGCGAGGCCAACAAACACACUAUACAAAUUAAAAGUGAAGUUUGCGACUCCUGCGAGCAAGAGAAAUGUCUCAAAUGCGAGCUCAGAGCUACGGAUUACGAAAAUAUAAAAGACUUUACUGAAUUGCACGAUAGUUUGGAACAUAGUCCACAUUCGACAGAUAUAAGCUAUCAUAAUCUUAAUCGACUGUCGGCUGUGUCGAACUCCUCGAAUUCAGAUCAUACGGACAAAAAAAAGGAUGACAAUGACGUCAUGAAAGUUAUGACGUCAUCCCACGAGAGUUCUUCGAGUUAUUCCAACGUGAGUUUGACGAAAGGGGAUGAGUUGUACGAAUGCUAUAAUUAUACGAGACCAAACUAUAUCAAUUUGCAGUCUUCGAGUACUAGUAAAAGUUCGCCAGGCAGUCCUUUGAAAAGUCCUUUGAAAUCCACUAUAAGUAUUACAUUCCGAUCUCCGACCAAGAGUAAAAAUUUUGAGGACACGCCCACUAAUGAUAGGGAUUCAGUUUACGAAGACAUUGAUUUAGAGAAGAACUUGUCCAUAGUUGAAGACGCGAGCGUUCCACAGACUGAUGCCUGCUUACCCACUCAACAGGCUUGCCAACCUAACGAUAUACAGGACCUUAUAAUCCUAGAAACUCCCACAGAAACGAAUCUAGAUGAAGACCUAGAUGUUUACAGCCAAGUCAAGUUUUUCAAGAAGAGCAUAGAUGAAGUAAACGCCAUGUUGCUUCCAGAAGAUAGACAUUAUGAAAAUAUUGCUUUCGAGAAGCAAAACGAUUACGAAAACAUAAACGUUGAUACUCUGAAGAUUUGUGACAAAGAUAUGAGUGACGUAGAUAACACAAAGCCGGUUGAGAAUGGUAAUUUUAAGAGUAUGAAUGUAAGAGAGUUAGCUAUACGCUUCGAGAGUCCUACUGAACAGAAAUCAGCAUUCACUUUCGAAAAAUUCAAGGCUGAAAUCAAAUACCCGAGCCUAGAACGCAAAGAUGAGAAAAAAGUCAUCGAAAUUAAGAAAAUAGACUUAAAAACACCAUCUGUAUCGCCAAAAUCUUAUAAAUUGUCCAAAAAUUCUUGUAAUGCAAGGUCUUUAGAUGAGAAUGCCUUCAUAAAGGAAUUUGGCAACGACCAAUCAAACGAUAGACGCAAAAGUCUAGAAGUUAAAACUUCAAAGAAGCUCCCGGACUUGAAUUUGAACACGGACCACGAACAUAAAGUUAUUAUAACGCCGACAACGGAAAACAAAAUCUCACUAAUACAACGCUUCGACCGACCAGACGUUAAGAACAUUAUAAGCUUCGAUUGUGAUAAAAAAUUGAGUCGAGAACGAAUAGAGAAGUACAAAGAGGAAAGGAGAAAUUUCCUCAGAGAGAAAUAUAGUUCGCAGUCUUUUCGUUCGAACCCUGAACAGUUAACUAGAAUCAAAAUUCGAAAAGAUAGAGAAGACAGAAUUGAGACGUGUGAAAGACUAAAAGAAGAGGUGCCUAAGUUUGAGAGGAGGAACACAGUGGAUCUAGGUCAAAGAUUAAGGUUCAGUCUAGCUAAGAGUAGUACUAAUUUGGAGUCUAUUCCAUCUCCUACCAGUCCUGAUGAUGAGAGGGAGUUUAAGAGUGAAAAUGAUGACAGGAGUCAAUAUGAGAGAAAAGAGAAAAUGUCGCCUUCAUACAACAUUAAGGAUAUGACAGCGAUCUUCGAGCAGAAAUCGCAUCCACACACCGGUUGAACGGAAUCUCCUACGACAAGUAUUUAUUAUUAUUUAGUUGAAACUGUGAUGGGGGACUUCUAGAAUAUAGACUACUGAUUGACUAGCUGUUUCACAAAGUAUUCGAAACGAGUGCUCGUUCAGCGCUCUGAUUGGCCGGCGCCAGUGAAGCAACCAAUCAGAGCGCCGGACGCGUACUUGUUACGAUUAAUUUAAACGUAUAACAAACUCGUACUAAGGCCGCUGCUGCUCGUAUUGCUUAUUGCGUGAUGUUUUAUUGCCUUCUUCGAUAAAUGGACUAUUGGACAUAGCAUUUAAUGCACUUUUGAAACGUUAACGUAUAUGGCAAUA